GUUAUCUUCAUUUUUAUAAAAUUUAAUUUUCGAACACUCUUAAGUGCCGAAUCAGAAGGAACUGUAAAAUCUUAAAGCAUUAAUAACUGGUUGCCUUGGUAACGAAAUGUUUGUUCCGUAAACAAAAUGGAAACCUUAAAACCAUCCACAUACGAUGAUGAUGAUUUAUAUUCAGGCUACAAUGAAUUCCAUCCUUCUCUUGACACAGCCGCUAUUCAAGAAGAUGAAGCAUUUCAGCAAGCUGUCAGAACAAGUUACGGCAGAAGACCUUUGCCUACAGCUAAAGUACCAGGAACUUCCAGGCUAACUGCAUCUCGAGGUGGAACUGGAUGGGGUCGUUCCUUGGCUCCGUCUUCCUCUGGAAUGUCCUCUGUUUCUCAAGACAAUCUCACUCGUCCAAUGACAGCCGUUCGUGGAGCUGGAUUCACAUCCUCCGGCCAUAGAGCUCCAUCUGGAAUGUUUGAUCCUCUCAAUCAAGCCAAAUCAACAGUAUCUCCGUUAUUGAUGAAAGAUGAAAAUAGUCCUGAAGAAAGAUUGAAACAACUAGAGAAAAAAGUUCUGGAAUUAUUGGAAGAAAGUUGUAUUGCCUCUGAAUCAGGAGAACUAAAAUUAGCUCUGGAUAAGGCUAAAGAUGCAGCCAGCAAGGAAAGGGCUCUCACUAGACAAAGAGAUCAACUGGCUUUAGAAAUCACUCCAAAUAUGGACCUCACAUUUUCGGUUUUACUGAAUUUAGCAACUCAGUAUGGCAAUAAUGAGAUGUAUGGUGAGGCCAUGAAUACUUAUCAAAUUAUUAUAAAGAACAGGUCGUUUACCAAUGCUGCAAAACAUCACAUCCCUAGAGGAAAGCGUAAGGACAAUUGGAUUCCUUUUUGGAAGGAUUACAGCAUAGAUACACUAAUCAAGGAAAGAGACCAAACCUGUCAGGAACUCCAAAGUAACAACGGUGAGGAUUUAAGACUUAAACUUAUAGAAGUAAGUCAUAAGGUGGAAGAAGCCAUCUCAGCCAGCAAAAUUAAAAUUAUGAAGAACAUUGGCUUAGCUUUUGUAAAGCUUGGUCAGUAUACAGAUGCCAUUACAUCAUAUGAGUAUAUUAUGGCGGAAAAAGCAGAUUUCAGAACAGCUCUACAUCUUCUCCUGUGCCAUUAUGCCCUGGGGGACAAAGAGAAAAUGAAGAAGAGCUUUACAAAGCUGCUGGAUAUCGUUUUGGAUCAUGUAGAGGAUGAAGACAAAUAUUCUACUACUUCUGAUGAUCCUCAAACUAAUCUUAUUGUUGAAGCAAUUAAAAACGAUUCACUUCGUAAAAUUGAAAGGCAGAGGAAACAGGAAGCAGAAUGGACUAUAUUGACUGCUGCAAAGCUCAUUGCACCUGUUAUUUCAGAUUCAUUUGCUGCAGGAUAUGAAUGGUGUGUUGACCAAAUAAAGUUAUCCCCAUAUGCUGAUUUAGGUAAUGAUCUUGAAAUCAAUAAAGCUGUGACAUAUCUUAGAAAAAGAGAGUUUAGUCAAGCAAUCGAAACAUUGAAAGCUUUUGAAAGAAAAGAAACUAAAGUUGCAAGUACUGCUGCUACCAAUCUAGCAUUUCUGUAUUUCUUACAAGGUGAUGUUAGUCAAGCAGAAAAAUGUUCUGACCAAGCUGUUAUAGCUGAUCGAUACAAUGCUGGAGCUUUGGUCAAUCAUGGAAAUUGUUCAUUAUCCAAAGGAGAUCAUGAAAAGGCGAUUGAAUACUAUAAAGAAGCGCUGGCCAAUGAAGCUAGUUGUGUAGAAGCUUUGUAUAAUCUUGGACUAGCCUACAAAAAAAUGAAUAAUGCAGAAGAUGCUUUAGAAUCAUUUUACAAGCUACAUGGUAUUGUUCGGAAUCAUCCUCAAGUUAUUUACCAGAUAGCCAGUUUAUAUGAACAGCUGGAAGACAUAGAUCAAGCAUUAGAAUGGUACCAGCAAGUCAUUACAUUAGUACCAACAGAUCCACAUCUUUUGGCUAAGAUUGGAGACAUGUACGAAGCUGAGUCAGACAAGCAGCAAGCAUUUCAAUACCACUCUGAUUCUUAUAGGUAUUUCCCCUCUAAUAUGGAAAUUAUUCAGAAAUUGGGUUCUUACUAUAUAGAAUCUCAAAUGUUCGAAGAAGCAAUAAAAUAUUUUGAGAGAGCAGCUAUAAUUCAACCAAAUCAAGUUAAAUGGAAAUUGAUGGUUGCUGCUUGCUUACGAAGAAGCGGAAAUUAUCAACAGGCUCUAGAAGAAUAUAAAACUAUACAUCGCAAAUUUCCAGAUGAUGUAGAAUGUUUACGUUUCCUGGUGCGUAUAUGUUCAGACCUUGGUUUGAAGGAAGCCCCAGAGUAUGCUGCAAAAUUAAAGAAAGCGGAAAAAGCUAAGGAAGUUAAGACACAGAGAACAGCAAGUAGUGGUAGUCGUCCAGGAAGUUGGCGAAGCAGUAGCCGUGCCUCAAGGGAUGGCUCUGCAAGCAGUUUGAGUAGAGAUGCAAGUUUACCUUUGGGUAGCCCCAGGCAGUCUCAUUCUGGACAUUCGUUGAAUACAUCUGCAAAAACUUUAAGCAAUGCACAAAAAAUUCUAGAAGCGGACGAAUCAAAUUUGUUUGACCAACAAUCAGAUUCAAGAUUAAAUGAAUUGUCAAUACCAACUCAAGGAAGGCCUAAAACUGCUGGUGGUAAUAAAGAUGAUUUUGAUGAUGAUGCAGCAUUAGAUAUGUUGCCAGACUAAUUGAAUUUCAGGACAAAUAAAUUGGUGUGAGUGAAAAUUCAAAUAUUUAACUCACAUAAUGUGUGCUGUAUGAAACAAAUUUUAUUUACACUGCAAUAAUGUGGGUUGUAGAUUAUGUUUAUUACAAAAUGUUGUUGAAAUAAUAAAAUAAAAAUAUUUUCUGUUUCU